UACCGGUUCUAGAACAUUCAAACGCUUCGAGAGUUCGUAACAGACAAUUGGCAUUAUCUUCGUAACAGAACAGAGUCAUGUCGGCGCCGGUGCUCGUUCUUAACCAGAAUUCUAAGCGUGAAUCGGGACGCAAGGUCCAACUAGGUAAUGUCGCAGCCGCUAAAACGAUAGCUGACGUUAUAAGAACAUGUUUGGGUCCAAGGUCUAUGCUGAAAAUGCUAAUGGACCCAAUGGGUGGGAUCGUGAUGACAAAUGAUGGGAACGCCAUCCUCCGUGAGAUCACAGUCCAACAUCCAGCAGCCAAGUCCAUGAUAGAGAUCAGCAGGACACAAGAUGAGGAGGUGGGAGACGGGACAACCUCAGUGAUCAUCUUAGCAGGGGAGAUGAUGACAGCAGCUGAGCAGUUCCUGGAGCAGAAUAUGCAUCCAACAGUGAUCAUUGGUGCUUACCGGAAAGCUCUGGAUGACAUGCAAGAGAUCUUAGGAGAAAUGAGCGUGGAAGUGGAUGUGAACAAGAAGUCCGAGAUGAGGAAGAUAGUGAAGAGCGCGAUCGGGACGAAGUUCAUCAAUAAGUGGGCAGACCUUGCUUGCGACAUGGCCAUCAAAGCUGUGUCCACUGUUGUGCUUGAAAAUGCCAGCACUGGAAGAAGGGAGAUUGAUAUUAAACGUUAUGCUAAGGUGGAGAAGGUUCCUGGAGGUAUCUUGGAGGACUCUGAAGUCCUGGAUGGAGUGAUGAUUAAUAAGGAUGUGACGCAUCCAGCAAUGAAGAGGAAGAUUGAGAACCCAAGGAUCCUCCUCCUGGAUUGCUCCUUGGAGUACCAAAAGGGUGAGAGCCAAACUGACAUGGAGCUGAGUAAUGAAACAGAUUUUGAGAAGAUCCUCCAGAUGGAGGAGGAAUACAUCAAGAAAGUAACGAGAGACAUCAUUGCUUUUAAACCUGAUCUAGUUUUCACUGAAAAAGGAAUCUCCGAUCUUGCGCAAUAUUAUUUAUCCAAGGCGAAUAUCACGGCUAUCAGGAGACUUCGGAAGUCUGAUAAUAAUCGUAUCGCUCGUGCCUGUGGCGCCACCGUGUGCUCAAGAACAGAGGAGAUAAGAGAAGAGGACAUAGGAACUGAGGCCGGGCUGUUUGAGGUCCGGAAGUUUGGUGAAGAGUAUUUCACCUUCAUCACUAAAUGCAAGAACCCGAAGGCGUGCACCAUCUUGCUUCGUGGAGCGAGUAAAGAUGUGUUAAUGGAGGUUGAGAGGAAUCUUCAGGAUGCGAUGCAGGUGACGAGGAACGUGAUGAUCAACCCACAACUUCUACCAGGUGGUGGCGCUGUGGAGAUGGCAGUUGCUCAAAAGAUGAAGGCGCUGUCGAAAUCCAUGAUGGGGGUGGAGCAGUGGCCGUACCGAGCUGUCGCUGAUGCAUUGGAGAUUAUACCGCGUACCUUGAUACAGAAUUGUGGUGCAAGCACAAUACGUACGAUCACCGCACUCCGUGCUAAACAUGCAGAUGCUGGGAAUGAAACAUGGGGAGUGAACGGAGAAUCUGGGCAGAUCGCGGAUAUGAACGUGCUCGAUGUAUGGGAACCUUUGUCUGUUAAACUUCAAACGUACAAGACAGCUAUGGAGACCGCCAUGCUAUUGCUUAGAAUUGAUGAUAUUGUUUCUGGAACUAAAAAGGCAGAAGGAGGGGAGGGAACUGGAACAGCCGCGCCCACUGGAGCAUGAGAUUUUUUUUUAAAUAUUGCAUGUUGGAUUUAAAGUGAAUUUGUGUUGUGAGCGUUACUUCAAUUUCGCGCUGUAGUUUCAAGUAUUUUUUAUAACCAGGAAAUACAAUUGAAUUCAAGUUUA